GGUUGUAUUUCUAGUUUCUGAUUACAACGUAAUAUUAGGACUGACUGGGUCGGAACCAAUGGCGUUAAGUUGGUUGUCGGAUCGAGUCGUUUUCAGCGUAACUCCCAGCGGUGAUAAAUAAGAACAGGUCGAUAACCGUAGCCGUAAGCUCGGGUCGCUCCGAUGGCUGGGGGAGAAGUGGCGGGGGUCGACCUCAGCAGGAAGUUCGUGUCUGAGUCAGAGCUUGACGAGAGGAGGAAGAAGAGACAGGAGGAAUGGGAGAAAGUCAGGAAGCCUGACGAUCCAGAGGAGGCCCCAGAGGAGGAGUACGACUCCCGGUGCCUGUAUGACCGGCUGCAGGAGCAGAAGGACAAGAAACAGCAGGAAUAUGAGGAGCAGUUUAAAUUCCGAAACAUGGUGAGGGGACUGGACGAGGACGAGACCAGUUUUCUGGACGAGGUGUCCCGGCAGCAGGUCCUGGUUGAGAAGAAACGGAGAGAUGAGGAGAAGCAGGAGCUGUUGGAAUACAGAAGCGCUCUGGUGAAGCAAGCGUCAGCGUCUGCAGAGAGUCGGCGAGAACACGAAAAGAAGGCGGGGCCUAAACCUUCAGGGGCGGAGCCAAAGACCAGCCAUCUGUCUCAGGCUCAUUUAUUAGUUGGAGCUGUGAAGAGACGCAGCUCCUCGCAGUCAUCAGACGGCAGUAAGAAGCAGAAGGUGGACAACACAAGAGUGGCAGGGAAUGGAGACAGACUCACAGACCAGGAUGUGGGGGGAGCAGCAGAAGGAGGAAGAAGAGAAGGAACCAGGGAAGCUGAGGAUCACAGAGCGGUUCCUGGCCUCACACCGAAGACCUCAUCAUCCGCCCACGGUGUGCUGCACCUGCCGUCGGCGGCCGUGUGCGUCGGCGUUUUACCGGGGCUCUGCGCUUAUUCUGGCAGCAGCGACUCUGACAGCAGCUCGGACAGCGAAGGUAGUGUGGACGCAAUCAUGUCGCCGUACCCGCGGCACAACAGGGCCUACAGAUAGACACACACCACCACCCACCCACGCACUCACCCACCCACCCACAGAAACACUAAGUGAAACAUUCAGCUGCAGCUUUUAGAGGUGUUCACUCUGUUCCUCUCACAGCUGUGAGUUUAACUGUUUCUCUUUGUCUCCGGACAAAGUUCAGCCCAAAAUCUCUAUUCUCAACCUGAUCUGUGCAUCAUUUGUUGUUACCACUGUGGCUCUGAAACGUGACUCCUUCCCUCAAUCACAUCUCACACAGUUUAAGCCGACGCGCCCCCAUCAACCCUCCCACCCUGAACCACAGCGACUGCAGGCUGUGCUAUUGGCUGAGGGAACAGUGACUGACAGCUGUGGAGAGAAGAAGAGAGGCCGCUUUAGGACUCUGAUUGUUUUAGAGGAUUCAGAGCAGGACGCACUCGCCAGAAAGCAGGAUUUUAUUUGUUUGAUGUGUUUUAUCAUCAGGAGUUUGUUUCAGGGAAAAUGCUGGAUUGUGUGUUUGCUUCUUUCUGUCUCAGAUGUUAAAAUAUUAAAGAACAUGAAAGAUCCUGAUCUUCGUCUCUGUUUACUGACAGAUUUGUGUGAGUGUGAUAGAAAGAGAGAACGCUGCCUGAAGUUGUUGUCAUGUUGUAAUAAAUUGAUUUAUUGAACCGCA